AUGGCAUCAAAAAAACCAUGGAGAAUCAUUCCAAGACCACUCCUCGAAACAAUUCUCAACAACCACGCGCAGCACCACCGAGUCCAUCAACCACUCCUCCUUCACGGCCCUCGCGGCGUCGGAAAAACCACCCUCAUUCUAGAACGUUUACUCAACGACUGGAACAAAGGUCCUCACAUCACCGGUUACGUCGACUUCGCCGAAUCCAUUAAACCCCAAACCGGUCCAUCCUUUCCAUGGGCCUCAUGGUCCAACUCCCCACCUCCCACUCUAUCCGAUUGCCGGAAGAGCCUCGACCAAUGUCUAGAAGCCAUGGCCGAGAAAGCUCUCCGAAUGGGAGCCAUUACUUCUCGCCAGAUAUUUACUUCGCUCAAUAAAUGGCACGGUCUCACUGCAUCGCUUCGGCGCGUGUUGAACACUCCAGCCUCUAAUAAAGGCUCCCCGGCCGCGCUGUGGGACCGUGCGGUUUUGACUAUGUCGAGUCAGUGUAAUGCUGAUGAGAUCGAUAGGGUUUUGGGAUUUGGGGAAAAUGAGAAGAAUGUUUUGUCUGUUGAGGAGGCUUCUUAUUUCAAGGAAUCUGUGGUUGCGUUGAAGCUAGCUAAGAAAGUUAUUGAGAUGCAACAAGGGUGGAGAGCUAAUGCCAUUGCUCAUAUGAAUCGGACUGGAAGGUUUUCUAGGACUCUUACUCAUUCUUCAACUGAUUGGCCCUUGUUAUUGUUGGAUUUGUUAUCACAGGCUGCCGAAAUUCAUCAUUUUCAGCCGAAGCUGGUACUUAACAAUAUUGAAGUUCUAAAGCAUGCUACUGUAAAUGAUGAGUUUACAGUCACUGGUUCACUCUAUCAUGAUAGCUUGAUAUGGAGAAUAAUUGCUUUGGGUGCUAACGAACAAUGUCUUCCUAUUAUCCUCGUCACAUCUGAUGGCUAUUAUUCAUAUGAAGCUUUCUUGGAUUUUGGAUAUAUGGAGAUAUUCAUCUCACGUGAGACCUUUGGGUGGACUCCACAAGAAGCUCAAAUGCACAUGGUCACAGACUAUUUUAGUCACUCAGAAUGGAAAGUGAUUGCUGAGGUUCUUGGGCCAAACCCUCGACAUCUAUUUGAGCUUUAUGCACUUAAACAAAACAAUUAUCUGCACAAGACAACAGCAGACAGAGCUAGUACAUUUGAAGACAUUGUAGAUGCUUAUCUAGCAUAUUUGCAGAUUUCUGUCGUGAAUCCUGCAUUGGAUGGAGCGUUGGAGAUCUUGCAAAAAUUUGCAAUUGAUGUGCGCAAUGGAAAGGUUUCUGAUGACAGAUUGCGUUUUGGUGCACCUUGGAGGCAUCCACCAAAGGUUGAUGACCCUAAGUUGCGCAUGGAAUGGGCAAAGCUUCAAUUGAUGGAUUUUGUUAAAUCUCUGGUCAAUGCAGACUUUGGGGUCAAUUAUCGAAUUGAAUACAGUGAAGAAAUAUUUGAUGAUCCUUCUGCUGUUGCAUUACUGCAGGUGGGGUUGCUUUAUGCUCAACGGGAUCCACCCUUCUUUCGUCCCAUAUCUAGAGGAAUUCAGAGGUGUUUAGUAAGAUGGCUUGUCCAGCAGCGGAUGCAGCUCAGGUUCCCCCAGUUGAUUCAAUUUUAUUGGCACAGAAUAAUACGGGGACGUUAUUAUCGCCAUUUGAUGGUACAAGUAGACAAUAAGUACUAG